AUCCCACCCAUGUUACUAUGAAAACUCAACCCAAGUAGCCGACACUUCCCCUCUAUCUACUCGGUUGUUUCUCUCUCACCAUCUUCCCUAACACCCAAAACCCUGAACUUCUUGUCUUCAUCUCCACAAGUGCCUCAUUUAUCUUCUUUUUUUCUUAUAACAAAGAAUCUUUAAGAACAUACAGACAGAACCAGAUAGAUCUCUAAAGUCCGUCUAUUUUUGAACGAGAUUUUGCUGUCUUUCACUCGGUUCAUAUACUAUAUAACGUCACCAGUUUUUGUCCCAAGCAAAUACAAAAAAUGCAGAUAUUUCAGUGGCUCUUUAAGGGAGCUGGUGAACGUGGAGUUCAAAAUACCACUGGAAAAGAUGAAGAAGAUGAACCCAAAGAUGUAGUUCCGUAUAAGAAUAAUAAUAAUAGAAGAUCAAAGAGGAAGAGGUUUAAGCCAGUUAUAUUUCUGUGCAAUAAAGACAUUGCAAAGGCUUGCUUUUUCAGUACUAUCUAUUUGAGAAAAGUCGACACCUCUCGUACGACGCAUCACCACCACCACCAACAACAAUCUCAUUCCCAAACCAUAAUGAAGAUGAAGAAAGGAGGAUUCAUCAUUGCUAAUCACAAAUCGGAUUCGAGCAAAGUGUCACCGUUAAGUGAAGCUCAAGUAGUAGUAUCAUCGACCAACGAUCAUCAUCAAUGUGGUAGCAGCAAUGAAACGAAAGACAAAAAGCCCAAACCCAUGUCCCGUAUGAAGGAGUUGUUAAGAUGGUCUGCUUCGUCCAAGUCCGAGAAAGUAGCAAAGUUGAGCAAGAAGGUUGAUGGUCGACGACUUUGUAUGAGUGAGUCUCCGAAGAUUAGUUUGAGAUGGGAUGGGGACAGAUGCUCCACUAUUUCUUCUGUCAUUUCUGGGUUUUCCAUGGCCUCUUCUUCGAGAAACGAUGAAGCCUCCUGCAGCGUGGUUUCGUUGAACUCCACUGUUCUACAUGGCUUGGAUCGUAGCUCCAGCAGGAGAGGGAAUUGGAUAACUACAGACUCUGAAUUUGUGGUGUUGGAGCUAUGAAGGGAGAAGCUUAAAUUUGCAGGUUGAAUAUGUGAAAGAAAUGCUGCAUAGCCAUAGCUUUAAUUUCGUUGGACAAAGAUAUUUCAUGUAUCAAAUGUAAACAUUAGUGUUAAGAACUUAAGGAUCUGAAAUGUUCAAGUGUAA